AUGCGAUCGCUGUUGCUAAUUUUUGGUCUAUUCGUGGUCGCCGCGGCGAAACAUGAGUCGAAAUUUCGAGAAACGUGCGAGCGAGAUGCGCAGAUCGGUGCCGAGACGCUGGAGAGGUCGUGGCGGGCGAUAAUGCGCGAGGCCUCGGAGCGAAGGGACGUUUUGAGGGCCCGUUUAAUGGAAAAUAUCGUAAAGCGUGCUCAACAAGAAGUUGGUGACUACCCGACGAAUUGUCCGGCUCCAACUUGCCCGCCCCCCAAUGCGACGAUAUUCCCGCCGGGUCCCACCAAGGGCACCCCUCGACCACCUUCAACAAUUGCCCCUGGCGCUCAGCCGACGGACGGAUCUUCGGCAUCACCUUCGGCCAUUCCAUUGGAAGCUGAAGAGAUGGAAGAAUCGCAACCUGGAGAUGUUCCAGCCACCUUCUUCACCACCGACGAGCAAGCCGACCCAUUCUUCAUUUACAUCGAUGGGCUGCGGAAAUCCCUCUCCGACUCGGCGGCGUGCCACCUCGAUGGCCCAUUCACCGAUAUGAAUCAAAUCACGUGGGAGCAGUUGUAUGGUUUCUCCGCCCAGCUCGCCACCGUCCAUCCGGGCCCCUUCUGCAACCUUUGCGAGCGGUUCGCCGGCGAGGUGGAGAAGCGCCUCAAGCCGAACUGGGUCAAGCACUCCAGAGAAGAGCGAUUCCUGAUCGAGACGAUCCUCACCUAUCUGCCCUCACCGCGUCACCUCUGCGCCACCAUCGCCCCCGGAUGCACUGAUGCGCUGGUGCUCGCGAAAAAUGCCACCGACAUCGGGCCGGCCGUUCGCUGCAUGGAAUGCACGCUUUGUCAGUCGGGGCUCAAUUGGCUAUUCCACCAAGUGCUGCUCGACAAGCAAGCCAUUGAGCAGUCGGUUGUGUGGUUCAGAAACUCGUUUGCCUAUUCCGCAUGUGCCGAUUUUUGCCCGCUUGCCAACGAGAUUCAGCUGGGCAGCCAGUGCUUCACGAUGGAUCGAUGCCAAGACUACCUCGUGCGGAUGUACCGAGAUAUCGUAGAUGCUCUCAUCGUUCUGUUGAGACCCGAGCGAUUUUGUGUUUUGACUCUGAAAUGGUGCGACCUCGGCGAGCAGCCGAAUAUUAUGCAUUGUUUGCGGGAAUUGUGUGAAGAGGAGCUGGGUAACACGGCGCAUCUCGGCUGGAUUUGCGCGUUGAUCCCGGAUCGACCAAAGGAGGCCGAUAAAUUUUUGAAUAUUCAGGAGACAAAGAUGGAGAAAGGAAUGAAAGACUACCACUACGCGUACUAUGAAAAUUUUGGAAAAGAUGAAUUG